AUGUCCUCUACGAAUUCCAAUGAUCCCACUUCUUCUCUCAGUGGACUUGUUUCUUCCCUCCCAGACUUUUGGCAACAUGCGCCAGAGCUUUAUUUUUUCCGUAUUGAGGCGACUUUUCACUCCGCCAAGAUAACACGUGAAACCGACAAGUUUUAUAAGCUGGUCGAGGCCCUCCCUCCCACCAUUCUUUCUCAAGUGCAAACGCUUCUGAGAGAUCCCCCGACUGAUGCUCCUUACACCAAGUUAAAGGCUGAACUUCUUCGCCUGACAUCAGUCUCCGAUCGGCAGCGUUAUCACGCACUAGUAAAAGAGAAGGCCUUAGGUGAUCGCAAGCCGUCGGAACUCUUGCGUCGCAUGCGUUCUCUGGUUGGGAACAUGAAAAUCGACGACAAGUUCUUUAAAGAGAUGUUCUUAGAACGUCUGCCGACGUCUGUACAAACAAUCUUGGCCUCUGGCUCCGACGACCUAGAAAUAUCAAAGUUAGCGGAGAUGGCUGACCGUAUGAUGGAGGUUGAGCGUUUGUCAUCCCCGACGAUUGCUCAGGUGUCCCAGCCUCUCAACGUGUCCACCUCUGACCUUGCGGAACUAAAGACGCAGAUUGCCCAGUUGUCAGCGACUGUUGCCGCUUUGCAGCUGCGCCGAUUCCCCGGUCCCUCUCGACGUCCCUUCGGUCGUGACCGUCGUCGUUCCCGCUCUCGCCCCAGGACCGCCAACCUAUGUUGGUAUCAUGUCAACUAUGGCGAUAAGGCGCGGCGCUGUGUCCCACCCUGCUCCUUCAAGUCCACGCAGGGAAACUCCUCGGCCGGAGAGUAAACGCGGCCGAGCUCUCUGGCAACUCUACGGGUCGCACAUUUUACGUGAGUGAUAACACGAGUGGCAGGCAUUUUUUAGUCGACACUGGCGCUCAGAUUAGUGUUAUCCCUCCCACGCCAGCCGACCGACGUUGCCCAAACCAUGGUCUUUACCUUCAGGCCGUAAACUCAUCCCCCAUUACAACCUUUGGAUUUCGAUCCCUCUCCCUGGAUAUCGGCCUCCGGCGAUUAUUCCCCUGGAUAUUUGUGGUUGCUGAUGUUCCCACUGCUAUCCUUUUUGCUGAUUUUUUGGCCGCCUUUGACCUUCUGGUGGAUUGCAGACUUCGCCUCCAUGAUCGCGCAACUACCCUCACUGUCAAAGGAUUUCCUCCAUCCUCAGUUUCGAAACAGCUCUCCGUCCUUAACCCAAACCCUGACUGUCCAUUUCGUAGACUUUUAGCAAAAUAUCCUACCCUUACUAAGCCCCAUUUUUCUGACACCUCAUUUCCCCAUGAUAUUGUUCAUCAUAUAAAAACGACUGGUCCUCCCGUUUUUUCUCGUCCCCGCCGUCUUGCUCCCGCGCGUCUUGCGGCUGCUAAAGCAGAAUUUGACCACAUGCUGCAACUAGGGAUGAUUCGACAGUCUGACAGUCCCUGGGCAUCUCCUUUGCACAUGGUUCCUAAACCAAAUACGGAUGAUUGGCGUCCUUGUGGCGAUUAUAGAGCCCUAAACAAUAUCACUAUGCCCGAUCGGUACCCCGUUCCUCAUCUUCAGGACUUUGCUGGCGCCCUUUUCGGCAAAACCAUUUUCUCGAAGAUCGAUUUGGUGCGGGCUUUUCAUCAAAUUCCGAUUGCGGCUGAGGACAUUCCCAAAACGGCAGUGACGACUCCUUUUGGCUUGUUCGAGUUCCUUCGUAUGCCAUUUGGUCUCCGAAAUGCCUCACAAACUUUCCAACGUUUCAUUGACCGUGUUUGACGCGGCCUUCCAUUUGUUUAUGCGUAUAUUGAUGAUGUUCUCGUCCCCAGUCGAGAUGUGGAGGAACAUCUCCAUCACCUUACCCUGCUUUUCGACCGAUUUCAGCAGUUUGGUGUCACCCUGCAUCCUUCCAAAUGUGUCCUAGGAGCCACUUCUCUUGAGUUCUUAGGUCACCUGAUAGACUCAAACGGUAUUCGGCCUCUUCCCUCAAAAGUUGCCGCCAUUCGGGACUUUCCACCCCCUACCUCGAAGCGUCAGUUGCAACGGUUUCUUGGUAUGGUGAACUUUUAUCGCCGGUUUCUCCCGAACUGUGCCGAUACCAUCCUACCUCUGACCGAUCUCCUCUCAGGUCCCAAACGCACCUUUGAACUUACAUCAGCCGCACUCACGUCAUUUGAGCAGGUAAAAGACCUUCUGGCUGACGCCACCCUCCUGACUCACUUUCACGCUGAUGCACCCAUAUCUUUGAUGGUCGAUGCCUCCAAUGUUGCUGUUGGCGCGGUUCUUCAACAAAGUCUGCCGGAUUCUACCGUGCCUUUGGCUUUCUUCUCCAAGAAACUAUCCAAAGCCGAAACCCGCUACAGCACAUUCGGACGGGAACUUCUCGCCGCUUAUCUUGCCGUAAGGCACUUCCGGCAUUUACUUGAAGGUCGAGAGUUCACAAUUUUCACUGAUCAUAAGCCACUCACGUUUGCGAUGCAUUCCCACUCUGACAAGCUAAGCCCCCGGGAGAUCCGUCACCUGGACUACAUUUCGCAGUUCACUUCAGACAUCCGCCAUAUUGACGGGUCAAGGAAUGAGGUGGCUGACGCACUGUCCAGGCCCUCUAUUGCUCAUCUUCAGCUUUCACCCGGGAUAGACCUCGCUGAGAUGGCCGCUGAACAACGCCGUGUCGGUCCACCCUGUGAUGAGGAUGUUUCCGGACUCCAACUCCAGGAACUACCACUGACGACUGGCAACGGCACCAUUUUAUGCGACGUAUCCACCCCUUCCCAUCGUCCAUUUGUGCCGCCAUCCCUCCGCCGUAAAGUUUUCUCCUCCCUGCACAAUCUCUCUCACCCUGGGAGUCGAGCAACCGACAAGCUGGUUUCCGACCGCUUCGUCUGGCCUGGUAUGCACAAGGACCUGAAGGCAUGAACACGGGCUUGCAUUGCCUGUCAACGGAGCAAGAUCCAGCGGCACAACAAGGCCCCUAUUGGUACUUUCCCCGGCCCCGGUGCAAGGUUCAGCCACGUUCACCUGGACAUUGUAGGCCCCCUGCCUCUGUCCAAUGGUUGUUCCUUCCCCUGGUCCUCUUGGGCAUCCGCUCCGCUCUCAAGCCGGACCUUGACUGUUCCGCAGCUGAACUGGUGUUCGGCUCCACCGUCCGACUCCCCGGUGAGAUGAUCUCGCCAACCCCUCAAGGUACAGUUGAGGAUCCUACAAACCUCCUGCAUCGUCUCCGGCAGUUUAUGCGGACACUUUCUCCGGUUCCUCCCAGGUCCUCCGCCUCUCCGUCUUAUCUCGAGAAGGACUUGGCAACGUGCUCUCACGUCUAUCUCCGAUGUGAUCGAGUCCGCCGGCCUCUGGAACCGCCCUAUGACGGCCCAUUUCGGGUGCUCUCUCGCGGGCCGAAGACUUUCCGCAUUCAGCGCGACAAUCGUGAAGAGGUCGUGAGUGUGGACCGCCUCAAGGCUGUCGUCCCUGACACUCCUCCGGAUGAGCCCUGUGGUCCUCAACCUUCUCCUUCCCCCCAAGGAGCCUCUAUUCCACCGUCCCGUAUUUUCCCUCUGCCAUCCUGUCCGCCAUCUCCGACUGCCACCACCAACUCCAACACAUCCGCCACCAGAUUUAUUCACUCUUCUACGGACCCUGUAAAUAUCACUCGUAGUGGUCGUCAUGUACACUUUCCUGAUCGGUUGGUCACGCAUUUCUUUUAG